AUUCCAUCAAAGGAUUAUCUUGAGAUCACGAGAAUGGGGUUCACGUGACAGAACUCUAGCUUUCGGCCCCGGCGCCACCAGAAUUUACCUCCUUCCUCAUUCAAUCUAGCCUCAUUUUGACGUCCAUGUCCAUGACGGAGCCUUAGAUGACCCGAAGGCAGAUAUCUAAAUCAUCAUCAAACAUCUGUUUUGCGCAGUUUUUAUAAUUUUAUCGAAGGACUACUUUCUUGUGUGCAGGAUCGCAAAGCCCAUCCUUUUGGGAUAGACAAGGGCGUCGUGCUCACUCAACCUCAACAUGUUGCGUUCCGCACUAGUCCUCCUCUUAAGCACCGCACAUCUCAUCUCCGGUACCUCAAUCCACGACAGCCAAGCCAUCCUCGGAACUUCGCCAUCUUCUGACACCAAAGCACCCGUCCCACACGUGGCCGACCCAGCCAUCAUCGCCGCCAUCAAUGCGCACUCCGAUCCUGUCACUGCACUCCUCUCCCUCUACCCAGAACUCUCAUCCACGCUUUCUGAGCCAAGACUUCUCCACGUUUCUGGCGAGAAGAAGGCGGAAUGGAUGACUGAGGGAGAUAAAUUACGGCUGAGAAGGAAGGGGAAGAAGUUUGUGGAUAUUACUGAGCAUGAAGAUUUUUAUGCGAGCCAGAUUGAUAUUGAGUCCGGGAAAGCAAAUCUUCCUGAUCUAGUGCAUCAGCGCCUUGUUAGACCUUUGUUUACUCGUGUCUCGACGGGGAAAAUGCAUGAUGUUCUCAAGCACAUGACCAGUUACUAUAAUCGGUACUAUGGAGGAGUCUCAGGUGCUUUGAGUGCAGAAUGGCUUCACGAUCAUAUUGCUCAGAUCAUCGGCGCCGCCCCAUUCGGAACACACAUCUCCCUCGAAUACUUCACACAUCCAUUUCCCCAAUCCUCGAUAAUCGCUCGCUUCGAGCCUAAAGUUCGGAACUUCUCACACCCCUUGACUAUUCUCGGUGCGCAUCAAGACUCAGCAAACUACUUGUUCCCGCUGCUCCCUGCACCAGGCGCAGACGAUGAUUGCUCAGGCACCGUCAGUAUCCUGGAGGCAUUCCGAAUUUUAGCUGAGAGCGGAUACAUCCCCAAAAAUGGACCCGUUGAGUUCCAUUGGUAUGCAGCUGAGGAGGGAGGAUUGCUUGGCAGUCAGGCGAUUGCGAGGUAUAAGAAAGAGUCGGGUGCGACUAUCGGGGCUAUGAUGGAAUUCGAUAUGACUGCGUUCAUUGCUCGUAAUGCUACAGAAUCGAUCGGUUUCAUCUCAACAUCCGCAGAUGAAGCGCUCACGGAAUGGUUGCUCAAACUUGCAAAGGAAUACAUAUCAAUCCCUGCUGGCAUCUAUGAGCUGUUCCCUGGCGCUGGAUCCGACUACAUGUCCUACACUCAACUUAAAUACCCCGCUGGCUUCGCAUCCGAAGGUAACCCGUUGUCUGGUGACGGAUUUCCUGGAGAAUAUGACCCUUACGUGCAUGGUGUGAAUGAUACCAUGGAUGUUGAUGAUAAGACUGGAUACUUCUCGCUUGAUCAUAUGGCAAGAUUCACUGAGCUGGCUCUUGCGUUUACCGUGGAGCAGAGUGGGUGGGAUAAUUCUUGGAGAUAGAGGAUGUGUACGAUCGGAAAAAUGUUCAUAGGCGGCACACGUUUGGGUAAGCUGUACACAAUACAUAUGAGGGGUACAAGAUGUAUUCAUGCGCUUCAGUUAAACGAAGUGACAA